AUGGAAAUAGCGUAUCCAUAUACAAAAAGAAGGUGCGAUUUCGGGCGCCAGGCACUGUUCUGCGAGCAAGGCCCCGAGCUGUGCGACAGUAUCGCCUCUAAUGUGGCCGAGUACAAGCAGUAUAUCCUCCGCAAUCCUGUGCACCAACCCACACAGAACACCAAGAGCUUUUCAGAGCAUUAUGUGAAUACAAUUCGUGCCGAAUAUGCGACGACUGGUGCGAAUCACGCAGAGGGAGGAUGGCCCAAAGACGUUAAUGUUGUAGAUCCUGAAGCGACGCAGCGUUAUCGCAGAAAAGUUGAGAAAGAUGACAACUACAUUCACUGCGUGAUGUCACUCGCUCCAGGCAUGGAACAUUAUGUGCAGCAAAACAAUGCAAUCGAUAUGUAUCGUACUUAUUAUGCGGAAAUGUCUUCGUUACCUCCCGUAGAGAAGAGUAGCUGCCGCACAGUGAAUGUUUACCGUGAUGCAGCCACCGGCGGGGGACGCCCGAUUAGCUCAAUAUGCUGGCAACCAGACGGAGGUCACAGUUUUGCCGUCACGUAUGUUGAUGUAGACUUCAAUCACAAUCCACGUGCUCCAAUCGAAUCUUACGUAUGGGAUUUGGAAAACGCAAAUUAUCCUGAAGUUGUAUUAACUCCACCUGCGGCAUUAUUGGAUUUGCAGUUUAAUCCGCGAGAUCAUAACACACUAAUAGGCGGAAUGAUGAAUGGACAAGUGGGCGUAUGGGACAGACGUCAUGGCGGUGCACCCACUGUUACGUGUGCUCCACAUGUUGCGCAUAGAGAACUUGUGCGAAAUGUCUUGUACAUUAACUCCAAAUCAGGCCAAGAAUUCUUUUCAGGAGGACCUGAUGGUGCUUGUAAAUGGUGGGAUAUUCGAAAUAUGAGUGAGCCCACCGAUGAAAUGAUUAUGGAUGUUGUAAAAUCAUCUUUUGAUGUGCAAAGUAUGGCAACAGCCAAUGGAAUUAGCGCGCUUGAGUAUGAACAUACAAUACCUACUCGAUUUAUGGCAGGCACUGAGAAUGGUCUAGUUAUUGGUGGAAAUCGUAAAGGCAAAACUCCCGUGGAAAAACUACCAGCCAAGUACGAAGCACAUCUAGGCCCGGUAUGGUCAUUGGAACGUAAUCCCGGUUUCUUGAAAAACUUUCUUACAGUGGGUGACUGGACAGUACGCGUAUGGAGUGAAGAUUGUCGGGAGUCUGCUGUACUCUGGUCUCCGCCACAUCGCUAUAAAGUUACUGCUGCAACUUGGAGCCCCACUCGAUUAUCGUUGAUGCUAGUGAUGCAGUGGAAUGGCAUCCUCGCGACGUGGGAUCUGCUGCGGCGUCAGCACGAACCCGUGCUCACCAUGCAAGUGUGCGAGGAGCCGCUGCUGCGCGUGCGCAUGCACGACGGUGGUACGUUUGCUGCGUGUGGAAGUAGCAAGGGCAACAUUUACAUGAUUGAGCUAUCACAAAAUAUGGCGCAGUCAGAUAAGAAUGAUAAAGCCUUGCUAACGGCGAUAUUCGAGCGGGAGAGCAAGAGGGAACGUAUUUUGGAAGCGCGUAUGCGGGAAUUUCGGUUGAAGCUGCGGCAGACGGAGGGCGGCGGCAGCCCCGUGGUGUCCGAGGUGGAGGUGGCCGGCGACCGCGACCUCGCCGACGCCACCACCGAAUAUAUGCAGAUCGUUAAAAAGGAACUUGCUGCUCUA